AUGCCAUGCCACCAGAAGGAAGCACGAGGGCUGGGAUAUAGCCAGGUUGCCCAAGCCUAUAGAGGGGAAGUCGAGAGACAGAGGUGUCUAGGAGGUGCUAAGUCACCGGAGGCACCGUUCGCCUUCAUCCAGUCAAACAGAGCCUCAUUGCCAAAAUCGCACCGCAAAACACGUGGAUUCAUCGAUGGCCAACGGCUCCCGUCUAGACCCUCACGGCACCUGGGAGAGGGCGAACAAACGAAAAACGAUAGUGUGAUGGGCUUGGGCGAAAUCUUGUGGGGAAAUCGAGGUGAUCAAGAAAUUACGUGA